AUGGCAAGAAGAGCGCGAAGCCAGGUUUGGGACGUCGGAGGCCAGGACAAGAUCCGCCCUCUGUGGCGCCACUACUACCAAGGCACCAAUGGCCUCAUCUACGUGGUGGACAGCAACGACCGCGACCGCAUCGAAGACGCUCGGGAGGAGCUGAACAAGAUGCUCAACGAGGACGAGAUGCGCGACGCAGUGCUGUUGGUCUUCGCAAAUAAGCAGGACUUGCCCAACGCCAUGACCGCGGCAGAGGUCACCGAGAAGCUGGGUCUGCACAACCUGCGCCACCGCCAGUGGUUCAUCCAGUCGGCCUGCGCCACCACCGGCGACGGCCUCUACGAGGGCUUGGACUGGCUCUCUCGCACGCUGUCCAGCAAGCGCUGA